AUGGCUUUCUUCUUUCUCUUAGUCUUCCCCCCUCCCCUGGGUCUCUCACAGGCAACUCUCGGCGCUGCAACAAUCCGUUCAUCUGAGAAUAUUUCUCUCCCAGCUCUUUCGUCGGCGUGCACCAGCAGGAACUCAAGAUGGAAGAAUAUUCAAAUCAUUGGAAAGCUUCCCUGCUUGGUGAGGAGUUCUGGAAAGACGCUGAAGCAUAUAACCAGCCUAUCCAUGACAGCAUUGAAGCCGGUCAGUGAACCCCUCUUGUGCUUCUUCCUCACAAUAAUCCCCAUCUUUGUCCAUAUCCAAAAUCUAAUCAUCCUCUUAGAGGAGGAAGAAGAUGAGGAAAAUAAACCCCUGCACGAACGAUUUCCAUUCAACCUAGAACAUGAACAGAAUACCCACGUCCCCGCUGCCGACAGCGAUGACCCCGUCACAGAGAGACCCCAACGUCGUCGGUUCAGCAUGAGCGACAUAUUCACUGGUGCCCCACUGGCCACUGCCCGUGUUGUCGAGCUCUCCAGACGUCCUCGAUCACAAUCGCGAGAUCGCUCCCAGCCCCUCGCUUCUGGCGCCAGUGUCUCAUCCAGCCGUUCCAGCUCGCUCAUCCGCUCCGCAUUGAGCAAAAUGGCCUGCAUCAUCAGCCUCGAUUCCGAAAUUGAGACCGAGUCGGAACCCAUCCAGCUCAUCCCUGCAGACGAGGCUACCCCAGAGAAGCCGCUUAUGGAGUUUCGUGGCAGCGAGACCUGGCCGCGUCUUGCUGAUGACCGUCGCUUGCUGGGUAUCGACGUAUUCUGGCCUCAAGACCUAGACGAAACGGACAAGAACACCAACAGCGAGGAAUCCAGUGGCAAGAAAACCAAGCCGAAGCCCGUGAUUCUUGAUGUCGAACAAAUGUCUCCCAUCAGCCAUUUCCGCAACCUCCGUAGCCUCAAGAUCACCGGCAUGAUGCAGUCGUACCAGAAGUACAUCUGGCAGGCCGCCUGGCUCAACCCCAACCUCGACGAGCUGGAACUCGGCAUGGCACUGCCUCCCUGUAUCCGCAAGGACCGGACCGGCGACUGGCCCUAUAUGAAGGGAGGCUGGAAGCUCAAUCCGGCCCAUUACGCUGAACCAGUCUACUACGGCGACGGCAGUGGCGCCCUCGACCGCAAGCUCGGCCAAGCAGAAUACCACGACAAAAUGGUCAUCGAAAAGGCCAAAGUCUGCGCCAUGGCGAUGGGUCGUACGCGCCAGAAACUGGCUAUUCGCACCUUGGUUCUCUUCGGUUUCGUGGUUGACGCUGAUCCGUUCCUGCAUUGGUUUGACGCGAAGCGCCUCAAGUGCAUUAACUUCAAGGAUUACUGCGUGGACGCAGGCUUCUGGCUGUGCCAACCGAUGAAGAAGGUGAAGGUGGUUUUUCCGCACCAGGUACCGGAGAAAGCAGUCGUGGCGAGACAGGUCGAUUUGCUCUCCGAGUUGAAGGUUAUUGAGUUGAAGGGCGGGAAGAAAGAUAGUUUGAUUCCAAGGGUGCGGUAUAGUAUCGAUCCUCACUUCAAUAACCUGAUGAGAAAUGAUUUACGAUGCGACAUGGAUGAAUGA